UCUUCAAUUCUCUCUCUCUCUCUCUGGGUUUUUGCUUCCCGGAGUUACCCAUUUCUCGCCGUCGGUUUUUUCUCCGCCGGUCAAGAUGGCGUUGAAAGAUGAGUGGUUGAGUGCCGCCAUGGCCGAUGAUAGCGUCGUCGUUGAGUUGCUCGUCCGUCUCAAACAGUCUCAAGCCUCAUCCUCGAUCAAAUCUCCGCUACAUGCCGUUAUUCCGCCCAGAUGGGGUCUCAGGCAACGGCGUUCCAGGAUUCUUUCCCCUUCUCUUCGAUGCGAUGCCAUUGCACACAAGAAUAAGGACUCCUCCUCCACCAGAUGCAGCCCCACCACUCCUCUCUCUUGGAGUGGCGAAACCUCCCCCUCCGCUACCGCCGAUGGAUUUGAAGAGUCCAGCCAUCCAUCCGAAUUCUCCCAAUCCUCCAGAUCCAAGGGCUAUGGUUCAAAUGAAUUCAGCUGUAGCACUGCCAUGGCCAAGAGGUUUAAAAGAAGGAAGGCAUUGGCUGAUCUGAGAGUGGAGGAGUCUGUACUUUUGAAGGAAAGGUUAGAUCUUAAAAAGGAGCUGGAUAGCCUACAUGCGACGUUCAAGGAACAGACAACUAACAACCAGAAGUUGAAGAAAAUUAAGCUCAAUCUGAAUUCUGAUGCAUCAUCAGAUCGUGUUUGGGAUGAGUUGAAGCCAGUAGCUUCCAAUCAAUGGUGCCGAGACGCGGAUCCUACACCCGACAACAUUCUUCCUGCAACUUCGCCGAUACAAACUGUACCUGGAUUGCAGGAGACACAGGAGACAAAUUCAAUGGAAAGUGGUGGUUUCUUUCUACCAGAUCUUAAUAUGAUCCCAGCUGAGGAUUGUCUCUAAGGCUUUUUCAUCAAGCAUGAGCUGAAUACAUGUUUCGGCUGGUCGAGGACGUUACUUCGAGAUAAAACGACUUGUCCCGAUGCCAAAUGAAGACUGAUUUGAUUUACUGGAGGCUGUUCUUGACAUUGAAGUCGAUUGAUCGACGUUGCUGGUAGAAUCCUUCAUUGAAAUUCAUUUCGAAAACGGUAGGAUCAAACAUGUUUGAUUCUUUGUAGGUAAAAAAAGGAAAAGGUAAUGAAAACACUAGUUCUAUGCU